GUGAAGCAACAGUAUCGUUGAUUAGACCAUCGAGUCCAUCAAGAAAAAUAAGUACCACAACCACCAUAAAACCCAAAGCCUCAUAGUCCCUCUCUACACUACUAUAAAAACAAAGCAUCGUGCAACGCCGUGACUAGUUUUCGGCGGGAUCCAAAACUCUCAAAAUCUCAAUCGAAAACCCCUCUCUCUGUCUGCCUUCGCACUUCUUCAACAUCAGGUUCAGGUUAAUUGAUUUGAGUAAACCGGUUUGGGCUAACCUCGUUUAUAUCGGUUUUCAUGGCGGUCGAGAGGAUUCUUAAAGAUGAAGCUAGUGAAGAAAAGGGGGAGCGUGCCAGAAUGGCAUCGUUUAUUGGAGCAAUGGCGAUUGCUGACUUGGUGAAAACUACCUUGGGGCCAAAGGGAAUGGAUAAAAUUUUGCAAUCAACGGGUAGGGGACGUGAAGUCACUGUUACAAAUGAUGGUGCCACCAUUUUGAAGUCCCUUCAUAUUGACAACCCAGCUGCUAAAGUUCUUGUUGACAUUUCUAAAGUUCAAGAUGAUGAGGUUGGUGAUGGGACAACUUCUGUUGUUGUUUUGGCUGGGGAACUCUUGAGGGAGGCAGAAAAGCUUGUUGCAGCAAAGAUACACCCGAUGACGAUAAUAGCAGGUUAUCGAAUGGCAGCGGAGUGUGCACGCAAUGCUUUGUUGCAGAAAGUUGUGGAUAAUAAAGAGGAUCCAGAGAAAUUCAAGUCAGACUUGAUGAAGAUUGCAAUGACUACUUUGAGUUCAAAGAUUCUUUCACAGGAUAAGGAGCAUUUUGCAAAAUUAGCUGUGGAUGCUGUUAUGAGGCUAAAGGGCAGCACAAACUUAGAGUCUAUCCAAAUUAUUAAGAAGCCUGGAGGGUCUCUAAAGGAUUCGUUUUUGGAUGAAGGAUUUAUUCUUGACAAGAAAAUUGGUAUUGGACAACCUAAACGCAUCGAAAAUGCAAAGAUUUUGGUGGCAAACACUGCGAUGGACACAGAUAAAGUUAAGAUCUAUGGGGCACGUGUCCGUGUUGAUUCAAUGUCUAAGGUUGCUGAGAUUGAAGGAGCUGAAAAGGAAAAGAUGAGAGAAAAAGUGCAAAAGAUUAUAGCUCAUGGGAUCAACUGUUUUGUCAACAGGCAGUUGAUCUACAAUUUUCCUGAAGAGCUCUUUGCAGAUGCGGGUAUACUUGCAAUUGAGCAUGCAGAUUUCGAUGGGAUUGAGCGCCUUGCUUUAGUUACUGGUGGUGAAAUUGCAUCAACUUUUGACAACCCAGAAUCAGUUAAGCUUGGACAUUGCAAGCUCAUUGAGGAAAUUAUGAUUGGUGAGGACAAGUUGAUCCACUUUUCUGGUGUUGAAUUGGGUCAGGCAUGCACAAUAGUACUUAGAGGUGCAAGCCACCAUGUGCUUGAUGAGGCUGAACGGUCUCUUCAUGAUGCCUUGUGUGUGCUGUCUCAGACUGUGAAUGACAGUAGGGUUUUACUUGGAGGUGGGUGGCCCGAGAUGGUGAUGUCAAAGGAUGUGGAUGAGCUGGCCCGGAAGACUCCUGGGAAGAAGUCUCAUGCUAUUGAAGCCUUUUCACGGGCACUUGUGGCCAUUCCAACAAUCAUUUCUGACAAUGCUGGUUUGGACAGUGCUGAGUUGGUUGCUCAGCUCCGUGCAGAGCACCAAAAGGAGGGAUGUACUGCUGGGAUUGAUGUCAUCUCUGGAUCUGUUGGAGAUAUGGCACAGCGGGGAAUUUCUGAAGCAUUCAAAGUCAAGCAAGCCGUUUUGCUCUCUGCCACUGAGGCUGCUGAGAUGAUUCUCAGAGUCGAUGAAAUCAUCACUUGUGCUCCACGGAGGAGAGAAGAUAGAAUGUGAAGAUCCUGUAGACCAUUUGGCUAAUUAAGAAAAUCUGUUGUAAUGCAAUCCCUUUUGUGAUUGCCUACUGUAUUGCUAUGAUGGAUAGGACACAGGUUAUGGAAAGAGUGUCGACAUGGUCUGGUUGCAAAAACUGAGUUUUUGGCAUUUUUUAUUUUGUAGGGGUAGGGUAAUUUUUGGAAAGACUAAUCAUCUCUGCUGUUUUCAUUUUGUUGGUGAAUUUCUUCUUUGUGUUGCUUUGUUGAGCUAAUGGCAGUUAGAUGUGCAAUUCUGAUGUAUCUCUCUUUUUGAGAAGGGUCUACUGAAAUGGGGCUCCUGAGUCCUAUGUAUGAGAAUCCAACAGCUCAAGAUAAGUUAUGCAUGCAUCUUCUGAUGUGUUUUAUACA